AUGAUACUGAUGGGAAUCAACAUGCUCCCCAAUGCCGAGAUGUUCUGGUCUACCGAUCCAUUCAUCAAUAAUGCUGGAAUCACCAACACCAUGACCUGCAACAGGUUCCAGAAGCUGGUCCAGUAUUUUCAUAUUGCCGACCGGACAACUGCGCCAGGAAGGGGAGAGACAGGAUAUGACCCACUCUUCAAGCUGCGACCUGUCAUGGAGAGCGUCAGCCGGACCUUCCAGGAGAUAUACACUCUCAACAAGGAGGUCUCCGUUUACGAGGCCAUGAUAGCGUUUACCGGCCGCGUCAGCUUUCGACAGUACAUGCCCGCCAAGCCAAUCAAGAGAGGAGGAAUCAAGGUGUGGAUGCUCUGCGAUGCCAGUACAGCCUUUCCUGCUCGUUUCGAGGUAUACUUGGGACGACAGAACAACCAGAUGGAACACGGAUUCGGCCACAACGUAGUGAUGAAGCUGAUGGACCACAUUUACCACUCCUUCCGCUGGUCGUUCUUUGACAACUUCUUCACAUGUUUACCUCUCAUGUAG